GGCCCCAGUGUGUGGCUGCUGGGGCGUAAACAGGCUCCGUAGCCCGGAUUCCACUCGGGCGGCAGCGGGCAGGGGCUCGGGGCUUGCAGUUCAGUCACAGGUAAUUGCAUGCUCCCAAAAUGGGACAUAAAGUGGUCGUAUUCGACAUUUCUGUCGUCAGAGCCUUGUGGGAAACUCGUGUCAAGAAGCACAAAGCUUGGCAGAAGAAGGAGGCAGAAAGGCUCGAGAAAAGCGCGUUGGAGAAGAUAAAGGAAGAGUGGAACUUUGUGGCCGAGUGCAAGAGGAAAGGCAUCCCCCAGGCUGCGUACUGCAAGAAUGGCUUCGUAGACACCAGCGUGAGGCUUCUGGAUAAGAUUGAAAGGAAGUCUCUCGCAAGACAGAGUUCGCUUUCCAAGGAGAGAGACAAACGGAGCAGUGAGUUCGUGUUCGAACUUUCGGGGGAGCACUGGCAGGAGCUCCCAGAUUCCUUGAAGGAGCAGACACACCUGAAAGAAUGGCACAUAAGCAAUACCCUGAUUCAAAUCAUUCCUACAUAUAUCGAGCUGUUUCAAGCCAUGAGGAUUCUGGAUCUGCCAAAAAACCAAAUCUCCCGUCUUCCAGCUGAAAUUGGUUGUUUGAAGAACUUGAAGGAACUCAAUGUGAGUUUCAACCGUCUGAAAAGCAUUCCUCCAGAACUGGGAGACUGUGAAGACUUAGAGAAACUGGACUGUUCUGGAAAUCUAGAAUUAACCGAGCUCCCCUUUGAGUUAAGUAAUUUGAAGCAAGUUUCCUUCGUAGACAUCUCAGUAAACAAGUUCUCCAGCGUCCCGAUCUGUGUGCUGCGGAUGUCUAAUUUGCGGUGGUUGGACAUCAGCAACAAUAACCUGAACGAUCUGCCGCAAGACAUAGACAGGCUAGAGGAACUGGAGACCUUCCUCCUGUAUAAGAACAAGAUGACUUACCUUCCAUAUGCCCUGCUUAACCUAAAGAAGCUCACCCUGUUAGUUGUCAGCGGGGACCACUUGGUGGAGCUCCCGACGGCCCUCUGUGACUCAUCCACACCUUUAAAAUUUGUAAGCCUUAUGGACAAUCCCAUUGAGAAUACCCAGUGUCAAGAUGGUGAUGAUAUGAUAGAAAGUGAACGAGAUCGCCAGCAUUUUGAUAAAGAAUUUAUGAAAGCCUAUCUUGAAGAUCUUAAAGAAAGAGAAUCUGUUCCCAGCUAUACCACCAAAGUAUCUUUCAGCCUUCAGCUUUGAUACCAUCCAGCAGAAGACUACAGAAUCUUCCUACCCUGUGAGGCUAUAAAUCUUCAUGUUGUGGGUCAUGUCGUAGAGGAAUAAUAGCUUGUGCUUAAGGGCAAAGUCUAGAAACCACGGUCAUAGUUAGGAAAAAUGAUCUUCAAAUUUCAAACAUGUGAAUACCUCUUUCUGUUAACUGGAGAAUUGAUAAAUGGGUUUGUAUAUUGAUAUUUAAAAGUUUAUUUGCAUACACCUGUUUCUAAAUAAUAUACAUUUAAUAUUUUAGAAAAUGUGUUAUUUUUUAAAAGUAUCACUUAAAGACCAAAUUUUGAAGUUGAUUGCAUUGUUUUCAGGAAUCCAAGGAAAAAGGGGUUGUGAAAAGAAUAUUGAUAUUGGACUAGUCAGAUGAGAGUUUAUUUAUUUUUAAAGAGUUUAAUACAUUUCUGUCUUUUAACUGAGAACAGCUUUCUUUGGGUUUGUUAUACAAAUUGCUAUUUUCAUAUAUUUUAAGUUAUAUUUUACAAGGGAGGCUCUCAGGAAAGACUUUUAGGUAUAUAAUCUGGGCCUUGAAGGUAGAAAGAAGGGCUGGAUUAUCUACCCAGGCACUGGGCUCAGAUGGUGCGCCGGUGGCCUGAGCAGAGGAGGUGUGGGCCUAGCUGGUCAUGGGUAGCCUUGUGUGCCCUGUGUGGACGGUCAGCCUGCCUUGAGUGGGCACCAUGGGCGCCCCUGAAAGGAAGGAGCAGAGGUGGUGCUGCUAGGGACCCAUCCUCCAAGGAGGCCGGAUAAGGUAGCGGGAGUGACUAGUCUACACUGAUGUGGAGUCCCUAGCAAGGCUUCCCUGCACGUACCACAGGAGAACUCUGCCCCUGGCCAAGAUGCUGCGGCCCAGAGGGAGCUCAUGAGACUGGCUUUACGUUAGUAAAGAAGGGAUUUAUUACAGGACUUUGGACUUUUCCAUUGUGUUGUAUGAUUCGGAGAAAUUGUACAAAUACCUAUUUUUAUACUGUUAUCUGGGGCUAAAAAUAAACAAGAUUGCCAAUCUGUUAAGGUUUGUUUAAACAAGUAGCUUUUGUGAUUAAGAAGGAAGAAAAAAACAUAUAUUCACAUAGUUAUAGAUGAGUCAGCUCCUGUAUGGUUCAGCCCAGUGCUGUCCAGUAGAACUUCCUACAGUGAUAGAAAUUUUCCACAUCUAUGCUGUCCAAUUUAGUAAUCACCAGAUGUGUGUGCUUCUUGAGCAAUGUCUGGUAUGACUGAAGAAUUUUUAGUUACAUUUAAGUUUAAGUAGCCAAAGGUAGCUUUCAUAUUGGACAGCGCAGGUCUAGCCAGUUGGGUUUUUUUGGAAGUUAAUCUGUGCUAGAAAUGAAGGGUAAUUUUUGUUUGAUGUUUAUUUUCUUAUCUGAAGAACUAGCCUACCCCAAGAGGGGUUAAUACUGACAACCAAUAAUUUGCCUUGAUUGGCUUAAUCAUAAUUCUAAAUAGUUUAUCCUUAACAGGCAUAAAAUAAGCAGAACAUUUUAAAACAUGAUAAUGCUUCAGUAGAGCACUGCUUCAACUUAACCUACUUUUCAGAGUUUGUUUUUAAGAGAUGAAAAGAGUAGGAAAACGAGAAAUCACUUUAAUUGAACCUCAGUUGUAUUUUUCUUUUUAACACAUUAAAAAUAUUUAAAUUUAGUUAUACAGCUUGAAUGAAUUUGGAAUUUUAUUUCAUGCCAAAUGGAAAUAUCUGAAAAGGGGGGAAAUAAGGGCUUCCACAUAAAUUGACUGUCAAUAAGUUAUGUAAAAUUUCAAUAAAACCAAUCUUUUGUGCAAAAA